AGUUAACUCAGGCAGUCGUUCACUUGAAUAGACCCGCCUGUGUCAAGCUAUCCAUGAGAUGGUUUAACAAGCUGUAGAAAACUUGGAAUAUCGUUUUUAAUUUUCUUUGAGUGGUCUGACGGCAUCGUUCAUACACAACUGAACCAGCUGUGCAACCCAAAGAUAAAAGUGUACUGUUGUAGGUUACUCAGUCUUCGCAAGUGUAUGUACAGUGCCACAGCAAGGUGUCGUAAUCAUCAGGGGGGAGUCUUCCAGAAGGGACGGAUUUUCAUUCGGGUCCGAUAACUUUCAAUCGAGUCCCUUUGGGUUCUUGGGAGUGUAUCGUCUUGCCAUGCUCAGCCAUUAGAAACUGACUUCUCCCGGUUUGUUCGAGAGCCUAUGCUGCCCUUCACCGCUCUGUCUGGAUAUCUAUGGAGAGCUUGUCCUGCAUGCUUUCCCGCAGGUCCGGAGUUACUCGCCGCCAGCCGUUCUCUACAGGCACACACCGAGACAACGUCGUGAAUGUUGACGUCACCACCUGGAUAGUAGAGGACGAUUAACUUAACCCGAUUUGAAUGCCUUUGCAAGGGUUUUGUUGGUUUCUGUGCUGCAGGCAGGGCUUCAGUUUGCUCGGACGGGACUAUGGGGAGAAAGAGGAGGAAGAGUCUUUUGAAUUGCGCAACAAGGAGGAUUUGACUUCCAAUGGACGGAGUCCAACUGAAGUGGCUGUUUCUCAACCGACACGUACAGCGAAUGGAACAAAUGGGCACACUGUAUCAGAAGUUUCCGACGAGAUGAAGAGUCUGAUCAUAGAGAAGAAUAAGAUUGGCCAGGAGGAAGACCCUGAGCUGCUGGUCAAAGGGUGGCUGUUCAGGGAGGUGCGUGGUAGCUGGAUCAAGCAGCGUCGCUAUUGGUUUGUGCUGAGCCAGGACUCGCUGGAUUACUACAGCGGCCCAGAGAAAGGAGCACGACGUCUGGGCACCCUGGUCCUCACUAACCUCUGUUCUGUCAUCUGGCCGGACAAACAGACAUACAAGGAAAUGGGCUGCUGGAGCAUCACAGUGUAUGGGCGUAAGCACUGCUAUCGACUGUACACCAAACACUUCAACGAGGCUGUGCACUGGGCAUGUGCUGUCCAGAAAGUAAUUGAUACCAAAGCACCAGUGGAAACGCCUACCCAGCUCCUCAUCCGAGACAUUGAGGAGAAUAAGUUCAACCCCGAGGUGGUGGAACAUAUCUACCAGCACAACCCCAUCUUGAAGUAUACCCAGAGCCCCCUGUAUGCACCUCUCCUGCCCUUCCCGUAUGGCAGCCUGGAGCACACAUACUACAGUGGGAAGGGCUACGGCACGGUGCGCGAGGAAGCUGUGAGGCUCUUCAACUGCCUGCAGCAACUGGAGUCGGCGCGGGAGCCCGUGCCGAUCAUCCAGGGUGUGCUGCAGACCUGCCUGGACCUGCGGCCGCUCCGAGAUGAGGUCUACUGCCAGCUGGUGAAGCAGACCAGCUGCACGCCAGCGCCGCACACGGCCGCGCACCUGCGCUACUGGCAGCUUCUCACCUGCAUGAGCUGCACCUUCCUGCCCAGCUCCACCAUACUCAAGUACCUACGCUUUCACCUCAAGAGGAUCCAGAGCCAGAGCCCCGAGUCCGAGAUGGAUAACUAUGCAUCGUUCAUCGGCGAGGCACUGGAAAAGACCAGGUGUCGGGAAUGUGUACCCUCCUGGGAGGAGAUCCAGAUGCUGAUGAACCGACAGGAGAUGCUGUGCACCGUGCACUACCCGGGCCCCGGCUCCUGUCAGCUCUACAUCAGCUCCCACACCACUGCCAAUGAGGUGGUUCGGAGGAUGCAGGAGAAGCUGGGUCUGCAUGAGAGCAAGAAUACGUUUGCACUGUAUGAACAGAAUGCACUGUGGGAGCAGCCUGUGGCCGGCAGCACUCUCGUCGCAGACAUCCUGACCAGCUUGUCCACCAAAGAAUCGGAGUCUGGCUCCCAGUGGAAACUCUAUUUCAAGCUGUAUUGCUUGUUGGAUGCCGACAGCAUAUCAGUGGACAGCAUCGAGUACCUCUUCCUUUUUGAGCAGUGUCAUGAGAUGAUGGUGCGCGGCCAGCUGCCUGCCUGUGAAGAGGACCUCCAGGCCUUGGCUGCCCUGCGGCUACAGUGUCUGAUCGGAGACUUCAGCACCCACUCCCCCUGCCCCCCUCUGGACGAGCUCCUGCCCAACCACGUGGUGGAAACCCGGGUUCUCAUGUCACUCUCUGCCCCGCUGACCAUGCCCCCUUGCCAAAUGGCAGCCCAGGGCUGCCCCACAACACAGCGCUUCCCCACCGGCCUGCUGUCGGGAACGCUGUGGAGCCACACAGCCACAGCGGCCCACAAGCAGAAGGUAGAGCAGGACCUGCGCCUGCGCAGUCGUCUGAAGGAGGAGGCGGCAGCCAUCACGGGAUCGAUCGUAGAGCGCUGGAAAGGUCUGGCCGGCUACAGCCGCAGGGACAGCAUGGCGGCCUACCUCACCAUCGCACG